AUGUAUGGCGAUGGUGAAAAGAAGAAAAAUACACAGAUGGUCGUAAAUGGACAACACUGGAACAUAGAGGUUCAAAUAUUUCCACCUCCAUACGAACCAUUACAAAAAAAUGUGAAUUUUUUUUAUCAUGGGUUAUCUUAUUGUACAGAAGUGAAACUAGAAGAAGCAACUGAAGAAAUAAUGACAUUUUAUGCUCACAUGCUUGAUCGUGAUUAUACAUCCAAAGAAGUUUUUAACAAUAAUUUUAUGACUGAUUGGCGAAAAUCAAUGGCACAAGCUGAGCCACAAACAGAACAGCGAGAAGCAAUGGAAUACGGAUUUGGUAUGUGGGAGAAAAAUCAACAACCAGUUGGAAAUUAUAAAAUUGAACCACGUGGUCUUUUUCGUGGUCUUGGUGAACAUCCAAAAAUGGGCCGUGUUAAAAAACGUAUCAAUCCUGAAGAUAUUAUUAUUAAUAUCGGUCGAGAAACUCAAAUACCUAAACCACCGGAAGGACAUCAUUGGAAAGAAGUUCGACAUGAUAAUAAAGUAUCAUGA